AUGCCAAGAGAGCAGAGGUUGUUAAACCUCUGUAUUCAUGAACAAUCUACUUCUCGAUCUCUCUGCCUCCGGACUUGGGUAAAUACCGAGAGCAGAGGUUGCUGUUACCUGAGGACACCAGUAGUAUUUGUACAGCCAACGACGGCUUUUGCAUGUAACUAUUGCAACAGACGUCGCCGUUCUGUGAAGAGGCUGUCUAUCUACAACAGGAGCUGCAAAUCACAGACUGGAACAAUUCCUUGCGAAAUCACCAUUGUCUUAGAAGACAGAUGGAGGCCAAUCGUUUCCCCCACUCCCUCUAUCUCUUUCUCUAACUCUCACUCUCUCUCUCUCUCUCUCUCUUUCUCUAUUGCUCUCUCAUUUUCAUUCACCAACGCCAUCUCAUCGUGCUGGCUGGAAGAUACCUGCAUUGCAUGUAAAGCUGGGAAUGCCACCUGCGUGGGCAGACAUGAUCUCCUCUCACUUCUCCUCCUCCUCCUCCUUUUUCUUUUCCUCUUGAUUAUCACUUUUCUCUCUUCUUCACUUCACCUGUUGCUCUCCUCUCUGUACGGGGAGCUUUUCUUUCUUUUUCCUUUCAUAUCCACCCUCCACUCUCUGAUUCCUCUUCCAGAACAUCUUUUCUUUCAACUUUCACCGUCAAGUAUCACUGGCAGUAACGAAGAAAAAACAGUAAGUCAAGGGGAUGAUGAUGAUGUUGGUGAUGAUGAUGAUGGUGGUGGUGGUGGUGAUGAUGAUGAUGAUAGUGAUGGUGGUGAUGGUGAUGAUGAUGAUGAUGAUGGUAAUGAUGAUGAUGGUGAUGAUGAUGGUAAUGAUGAUGAUGAUGGUGAUGGUAAUGAUGAUGAUGAUGGUGGUAAUGGUGAUGAUGGUGAUGAUGGUGAUGAUGAUGAUGAUGAUGAUGGUGGUGAUGAUGAUGGUGAUGAUGAUGGUGGUGAUGAUGAUGAUGAUGAUGAUGGUGAUGAUGAUGGCGGCAACCUGACAUCCCAUACUAGAAAGGAAAAAUAA